CUGCCAGCGUGAGCAAUGCGUCGCUGAUCAACGCACUUUGCACAUAGGCUGUACCUUGUGGGAGGGGAAGAAAAUCCGUCAGAUGGAGAGGUAAGAAUCACAGCUCGCAACCCUAACACCAAAAAUAAAGGCAGAAUGUCAAAUUGGGAACAAGACUCGGCGAAUAUUAUUUUGCAUCAGCAGGUAUUUUUGGGGGGCGAAGACUGAAGACCAUUUCUCGUGACGACUGAUUAUCAAUCGCAAGGUCCAGUGUGACCCAGAAAAUCAAGCAUCAUCUGGCACCUAGAAACUAUUUUUUUUGCCGGAUCGGGGUAAGGUUUGCAGCACCGGCAAUGUUGCCAGCUCAGGAGGCAGCUAAAAUUUACCACACCAAUUAUGUGAGGAACUCAAGAGCGAUCGGCGUACUCUGGGCUAUUUUCACAAUUUGUUUUGCCAUAGUGAACGUGGUGUGCUUCAUCCAGCCUUACUGGAUCGGAGAUGGGGUGGACACCCCACAAGCCGGUUACUUCGGGCUUUUCCAUUACUGCAUCGGCAACGGGCUUUCCCGGGAGCUGACCUGUCGCGGCAGCUUCACUGACUUCUCCACCAUUGCUUCCGGAGCUUUCAAAGCCGCCUCUUUCUUCAUCGCGAUGUCCAUGGCGCUCAUCAUGGGCUGCAUCGCCUGCUUCGUCCUCUUCUUCUUCUGUAACACGGCCACCGUCUACAAAAUCUGCGGCUGGGUGCAACUUUCAUCUGGUCCAGCCAUUCCAGGAGCAGGUUUCCAAACAAUACAUUAGAGUGGGAAAUGGUUCGAUCUCCAGCCAAUUUUCAACCCUUUCACCUUUGCUUUUUGAGACGUAUUCGUAUAACCCAUAUGCAACUGUCCAAAAAUAAUGUCAUCCGAAUAGAAAGCGAAAAAUUGUAUUACAGGACAGUUCGUUGUUACUAGACUUUCAAUGAAAUAGUUGGUAUUUGAAUUUAAAUUUGACUGUGCUUUAAUUCACUACCAUAAUUUUAUAUACUAGCUCCACUGUUUUUGCGGCAGAUAUUGAAAGAAAUAACCCACUACCCCAUUUAAUUUACACGUUUUUCUUUAAUUGAAGUGUAACAAGUAACAUUAUCUCAACUCGUCAUUUGUGAAACAAAAAACGGAAAAUGUUGCCAAUUAUCAGUCAGGUCUGGAGGCAUCAAUUCAGAGAGAAAACAAAUUAGGGCGAUGAAAAUUUUGUCAGACAUAGGAACGUUUGAUGAAUUGUCAUCGACCUAAAACUUUAUUUCUCAUUCCGUAUAUGCUGCCAGACCUAAUAAGUAUUUGCAUCAUUACCAUUUUUAUUUCAAAUUUCCAGCAACCACGGUACUUUACUUGUGUAUUGGUGACCCAUGUUUGGACAUUGCUGAAUGACAUAAGUCUGCAUUUAGUCCGUGAUACCAUGCGGACAAUGCGAUCACACAACACUUUUGAAAAGUAUCUCAUUUAACAACAAAUGCGCAUCUCAUUUUGUUUUGUGUGCGCGUCAUGAAAAUAAAUAAAAGGCUCGUAGGUAUUAGCAAUUACUGUGUUCCAGGUCUCCAUUAUAGGAUUGUGGCUGCUUUAUGGUGACAGUGAAGAUUAAACUAUAGCAGAGAAAGUGUGUAUUAUAAAUACAUUAAUAAAAAAAAUUAUAAUUCUGGGAUAAAUACUGAUAUAAUCAAAAAUCUACCAUUAUUAAAUGUUGAUAUAUUUAAUUAUUAUAUAUGUUAUUCAGUAUGAGUGCAUAUAAAUAGUUUUGUUUUAUCCAAUAUUUUAUUCAA